CACUCGAUAACAAUAAAGCAUUGAGAAUCUGCACACAGCUGAUAACAUAGGCCUAUUACAUAAACAGCAUCACGGUUCAUGGUAUCUAUCAGAGUGUUCUAGGAGUUUAAAACCUCUUAGUAUCUUUAGCACCUUACUGUCAUGUGAGAAAUGGAAAGGAACAUGAUGAUGAUGUGCGUUUGUUCCGACAGGAUAUGAAAGGAUUAUUGUGUGAGUCAGGGUGUAAGCCUGAUUCUGUUUGUAUGUGUAAGCCUGUGUUGAUUCACCAGGGGACAUCGUGCUUCUGUUAUUAUGCACACGUGAACCUGAUUAGUGCACUCUGCAACCGAGGAACAUACGAUACACACAUCCUUCAACUCACACACACUACAGCAGAAUGUGUAGUCUGGAUGAGGUUCCGUUUAAAGUCGCCCUGGACUCUGUGGAGAUACAGUUGGGUCAGAAAGAGCCGGUCGCAGCUCCUGAAAUAAAGAUCCCAGACUGUGCUCAAAUAUUGCGUGAUACAAAGUAUUCAUUCACUCUGGAGAAACGGAUCAUGGCUGUAUUGGGAGAACAGCAGCGGAAGAAAAGGAAGGCCAAAAAAGCGCCCCCGAGUGUGUCCCCUACUUGCCCACCAUUUUGGCUGAUGUUCAGCAGCCCACAGCAGAGCCGUAUGGUGCGCAUCAGAAGCGCAGAAUUUUGGGAACUGGGCCCACGUCCCCGCAGCUUAAGCCUCAGCGCUGCUGACUCGCAUAGGCCCCGCCCACUGCGGGCAGUCCAGUUCCUAAUCGCCGACACAGACUGCGAGGGCGGCUCAGAUGACGAGAGCUCGUCUACUGAGGAGGAUGAUGCUCAUUGCAGAGAAAGACCGCAGAGCUCCGGCUCGCAGUGCCUGCGAUGUUCUGUUCGUCAGAGCCAGCGAGGCUCCACCCCUCGCCCCGCCCCUUCCUGCGCCCCUCCACUCCACAAGGCCCGACCGAGCUCCGCCUCCUCUCUAAAAGACAUACGGAAGCCUGUCCCCCCUGCCCUCAGCCAGACGCCGCAGGGCAGUCCUCACAGCUCCAGAGCCCCCCGCAGGAAGCCUGUCGUAAUGAGAAACAGCGGGCGGCGGAACUCACACACCCUCCUACAGCCGAGACCCUCGUCCGCAGGACCGCUACCCUCAGCCAGGCCUCAGAAACCCGCCUCAAAUGGUGUGCGCCCGCGGACGUCCGCAGGGCUGCAGGACGCUCCAGCAGACCUGCUGUGUGCUUUGAGUCAAGAAGAAAGGGAUCUUCUUGAAGCCGUUACACAACAAGGAUACACACUGCGCACUGCCAUACUAGCACUGCAGAGGACAGGACCCAAGAGCCUUGAUCAGAUUUUGAGUUACCUGACUUCAUGUGAUCGUCUCUGUCGGCUGGGUUACGAGAAGACUCAGGUGGAAGAAGCUUUGGAGAUGUUCCAGAACUGUGAGAGCAAAGCUUCAGAGUUCCUGUUUCUGCUGGCUCAGUUCUGUGAGAUGGGUUUCCAGCAGAGCACCAUUAAAGAAGUUUUACUGGUGCACGAGAACCAUAAAGAGAGAGCCCUGGAGGAGCUUAUGACCCGGAGCGGCUGAGAAACCACAAGAUGUGAACAAAUCGCCUCCUCCGUGAAUGAAAUAAUCCUGAGCUUCAGCAUGAAUGAUGGAAUGAACAAAUUCGAAUGACUCCUCAACUCCAUUAAUGAAAGUAUAAAUGAAUCAUCAGCUACAUGAGCAAAUGAAUCAGUCUUCAAAUGCAUUAAUGAAUUAAUGAAUCUCUAUCUUCAGCUCCAUAAAUUAAUGUAUAAAUACUUACAAAUCUUUCUGAAUGAAUAAAUUCUUUGCAGCUUUAAUACUUAACUCUUUCAUGGAGAAGAGGUGCUGUUUGAUGCUUUGAUUUCAUUGUAUUAUUGUUUAUUAUGUUGAUGUCACGUGAUUAACUGUAGAUCUGGAAAAACAGAUUAAUCACCUAGAUGAUGAGAACCAUCAUGAUGAAGAUUAAUCGCUUAGUAAAAAAGUUACAUCUUUUGAAAAGAGCCGGGACAGUUUGAAUGACUUUAAUUAAACACUAUAUUGUGUCAUUUAUUCUGCAUCAAUAAAUUAGUUUGUAUUGUAUUCUACAUGUUUAGAAUUUAAUAAAAAUGUUCUCAUAAAAGUUAUCAUCACUUAUUAAU